GUUGUUGUCAAUCAUUCACAUUUCUCUUAUUGUGUCGUUCUCUUCUCAAGCCUAGAACAGUUCGCGACCCACUGACUGACUCACUGACUGACUGAUUAGCAGAUUGUAAGUCUCAGCGAACACUCGAAAUUCAUACUUGAUCACAACCGACUGCGAGACCAUGGUGCUUCUCAUGCGCCUGCAGAGUAUUCAAGUCCCGUCCUUCUUUUUGUGUCCGAUCUCGUUAGAUCUCAUGAAAGAUCCAGUGACUCUUUGCACUGGAAUGACUUACGACCGAUCGAGCAUCGAAAAAUGGCUCGAUGAAGGUAACCUAACGUGCCCGGCCACCAAUCAGCUGUUGGGUUCCACCGUCGUCACUCCCAACCACACCCUGAGGCGUCUGAUUCAGGACUGGUGCGUCCUGAAUCAGUCGAAUGGAGUCGAGAGAAUCCCCACACCGAAGUUGCCUGCCAGGCUUGAGGACGUGAAGGCGAUGGUGGAGGAUUUGAAGUACGGGAUCAAUGUCCACGAGACGGUUAAAAGGCUUCGUGGUCUUGCCAGGGAAAGCGACAAGAACAAAAGGCUAGUGGUCGAAUCCGGAGCCGUGCAGGAGCUCGUCUCGCUCAUCGUCUUGCCAGCAAAUGACUGCCAAUCGCCAAAACGCGAAUGGGUGGAGUUCAAAGAGGACAUUUUAGCGACCAUCGUCCUGAUUUCGAGCGCUGACGUAACCCGCGCUUCUUACAACGCCAGCUCGAAGCAGAUGGCAUGCUUAUGCUGGUUUCUAAAGAAUGGACAGAUUGAAGCGAAGGUGAAUGCGGCCGUGGUUUUGGAGAGCAUAGCUAGCAGCAGCGAUUUGAAGGGCUCCAUUGCUGAUCUGGAAGGAGUAAUAGAAACAAUGGUUCAGCUUCUGAGGGAAAAGUUCUACCCGAAGGCUGUGAAGGCGAGUUUGAGAUGUCUGCUCACCCUGUGCGCCACCAGGAGGAACCGAAUCAGGUUGGUAGAAGCAGGUGGUGUAGCUGCCCUGGUGGAAUUUCUUCCUGGAGCUGAGACCCGCGGCACUUUGGAACGGGCCCUGAGGAUCCUCGAGCUUCUGGCAUCCUGUGCCGAGGGUCGUGAAGCGAUAAGUGAUCAUGCGCUGGCAAUCCCCGUGCUGCUGAAGCUGGUUCUCAGAGCAUCCGGGGCUUCAAUCGAGCACGCAGUGGUGGUGUUGUACAUGUUGUCGGAGUACUCAGUGAAUGCUUCGGAUGUGAGGAAAUCAAUUGUGCAGGUCGGCGGGUUUCCUCGUCUUCUACUUCUUUUACAAACCGAAUGUACUCUGAGGACGAAGGGGAAGGCGAUAAAAUUGUUGAAGCAGCUCCGUCCCAUCUGGAAUGAAUGUCCUUGCAGUUCUGGCGGACGGGCUCUUUCAACUGUAGGAUCAAUCUAAUCUACCAAAUACGAAAAUUUUGGUCCCAAAUGUUUGAGGAAAAAGAUAUUUCUCCGUGUCUCUCUGGAAGCAUCGGGUCUGCAGACCGCUGCAACGGGCGAUCCACAAUAGCACCUUCAGAAUACUGAAUCUACUGGCUGGCGUGUGCCAUAUGACCAGCCAAAAUGAAAACGACAUGGCUACUGUCAGGCACAUACUUCAACGUAGGCAGAACCUUAAAAUUGGCAGUCCAGUCUGAUCAGAGGCCGAACUGAACCAGUGCCCUUUGAACUGUAUUAUAUGGAUUAGAUUCAUUCUUUUGGGAGAAGUGACAGAGAUUUCUUCUCCCUCAAUUGUUCAUAGAUUAGACAAAAUGCUUAACCUUAUCUGUGACUGCUUGUAUUUGAGGAGUCCAAUAUAUGGAAUGAACUUUCACGGUGGCGAGCACCGCAGUUCUUCAUUGAUCCAUUUCCUAUCGCUGAAAAUCCAUAGAGAUUUUAGUUCCCAAACGAACCUUCGACGACCCAGGUCGCUUGUUGUGAUAAGCGACCUAGUUCAUUAAGCUUAUACUCCAUAAAUUAGAGGAACGCUGCAACUCCGUUCUAUAACUUUUGUUCAUGCUUUCUCUGGAGCGAAGUUUGUUGUAAUCAGGUUCGUGAAACUCACAAUCCUGAACAACGCUGUCGUUAUACGGAGCUAGCAUGGUACUAUUUUUGAGGAAUUAAAAAUAUGAGGAAUACAUACUCGAGACUUGCCAACUUGAAGAAAAUAUCAGGGGGAUUGUCCACUGUGUAAAUUUACUACAAUCCUUGAUUUGCUAGACGGCACGCCACUAACUAGAAGCUUAGCCUGCGGAUACCAAGUCCAUCAAUUUC